CACCGCCCUGAAACGCAGACAUCCAUAGCCAUAUUAACCAAGAAUAGAAAAUGAUGAUCGGAGAGAGAGAUCAUAGUUAUCUUGCGGCGCAAGUUACCAAUUGGUACUCAGGUGAUCAGACGGCUAGUAUUCACUUUUCUUCGAGCCCCAGAGACAAUGCCGGCGAGGAGUUCUCGCCGUCUCUUCAAAACGACGCUGCUUUGAAGGCUUUCCAGCGUUACCUGCCGUCGAAUAGUAGCGACGGCGACUGUGACGGCGGCAAGGACGACGGUGAGUUCCCCGCCGACGCGUAUUCUUGCGAUCAGUUCCGUAUGUAUGAGUUUAAAGUGAGGAAAUGCGCACGUGGGAGGUCACAUGACUGGACGGAGUGUCCCUUUGCCCAUCCCGGAGAAAAGGCUCGCCGGAGGGACCCGCGCGCGUGUCACUACUCCGGCACGGCGUGUCCGGAUUUCCGGAAGGGGAACUGCCGGAAAGGCGACGCGUGUGAGUUCGCGCACGGCGUGUUUGAGUGCUGGCUACACCCGGCGCGUUACCGCACGCAGCCGUGUAAAGAUGGGCUCAACUGCAAGCGACGCGUGUGCUUCUUCGCCCACUCGCCGGAACAGCUCCGAGUUCUGAGCCCCCGGUACGACGGGUCGCCGCAAAGGUACGGUGGUUUCGACACCUCAUCAUCAUGUGCCAAAACUAUCCAUUUCGUUUCGUCCCCCGAGUCAGGAUCCCCGCCGUCCGAGUCUCCACCCCUGUCUCCGAUGACCACCGCCAACUCAGUCAACUCGCUCAGCCGCUCUCUAGGCUCCAACUACGUCAACGAGAUGGUGGCCUCUCUGCGUCAGCUCCAACUCAACAAGGUGAAAUCCAUGCCUUCUUCCUGGACCGUGCAAAUUGGUUCACCUGUUCACGGGUCUCCGGUCCUACCCGUGACCCGACCCGGAUUCCUCAGCUUGCCUUCCACUCCAACCCAGUGUAUCCCCCGGUCUCACUUUGAUCUCUGGGAAGAGAGCUUGCGUGAAGAAGAAGAUGAAAUUCCCAUGGAAAGAGUCGAGUCAGGGCGAGGCUUAAGAGCCAGAAUGUUCCAGAAAUUAAGCCAGGAAAAUCCUCUAGACGGGUACCCGAACCCGUCUGAUGCUCCAAACCCGGAUGUCGGAUGGGUCUCCGAUCUUAUCAACUAAAACGAUUUUCUUGACUCUUGAGAAUGGGUAAAUACUAUUUUAUUUAUUACAAAAAAAAAACUGAAUUUUAAUUUCAAUCCCAAAAAAAAAAAAAUUGUAAAGAUGGGAAGAGCUGUGAUGAACGACUGUAAAUAAGGAAGAAGAAAGACGGCGCGUCGAGGAGGAAGAAGAGAAGACUGGAUUAAUUAUUCCCUUUUUUGGUAAGUUUAAGGUUGUCACUAAUCAUCAUCGUUAUAAGUUAGAGUUUAUUUUAAUGUUGUUAUAAAUCUCGUUUACUGUGUCUUUAAUCUUUAUGUUUGUCGAGUCUGCUACUAAUUAAAUCUAAUUCCAGUAAUGGGUGUAGAUAUUAUCAUGAUCUGUGUAUGCAUGCUAGCUCUCUGCAAUUCAAAAUGAUGAAUGUAAUGAAUAAUAUUACUUCAUGUUGUAUAAUAUCAUGUAUUUUAUAAAAUUAUAUUUUAUA